CCAGAACACUUCCUCUCUCUCUCUCUCUGGUUUCCAAUCUAUUGAUGAUUGAGUACAUCUCCCUCCUACUCCUACUCCUCCUGCUCAUAAAAAAUCCAGUGUAAGACAAAUUCAAUACAUGUGAGAGGGUUGAAUUGAAGCAAGUGUUCGAAGAAAGAUAUGAAGUUCCUCUCCAAAUGCUUCUCUUUUCCAACAGAAACCUCUACAGAUCAUAAAAUCAUCAGAGGUCAGCAAAUUUGUCCUAGUACUGUCCAUGCUUUCUCCUACAAACAAUUGCAACUUGCCACCAACCACUUUCAUUCCUCUAAUAAGAUUGGUGAUGGAGGUUUUGGCUCCGUCUAUAAGGGAAGGCUAGAAGAUGGAAGAUUGGUUGCAGUGAAAGUGUUCUCAAUAGAAUCAAGAAAAGGAGAUGAAGAGUUCAUGGCAGAGAUAGCCUCAGUCUCCGACAUUAGCCAUGAAAAUCUUGUUAGGCUUCAUGGUGGUUGCAUUGAUGGCCCUUCAAGAAUCAUCGUCUAUGACUACAUGGAGAACAACAAUCUUGCCCAAACCCUACAUGGCGGGGAAAAAAUUAGGGAGAAAAUCAACUGGAAGAUACGACGAGAAAUCUGUUUAGGGAUAGCGCGAGGCCUAACACAUAUACACGAGGAGGUUAAACCACAUAUUGUGCAUAGAGACAUCAAAGCUAGGAAUGUACUUUUGGAUCACAAAUUUGUUCCUAAACUUUCAGAUUUUGGUCUCUCCAAGCUUUUCUCGGAUAACAUUACACACAUUAGUACUCGCGUCGCUGGUACAUUGGGGUAUCUUGCGCCAGAAUAUGCGAUUAGUGGACAUUUAUCUAGAAAAUCCGACAUGUACAGCUUUGGAGUGCUUCUGCUAGAGAUUGUUAGUGGUAGAACUGCUGUUGAUUUCGACAUCCAACUCGGGGAACACUAUCUUGUUCAAAAGGCAUGGGAUAUGUACCAGGCUAACAAGCUUGAGGAACUAGUGGAUCCGACACUAACUUGGAACUCCUCCGACAUUAUAGAAGCAGUGUUGUUCUUGAAAGUUGGGUUACUCUGCGUGCAACAGAAAUGCCGGCGCAGGCCGAGCAUGUGUGUGGCCGUUAAGAUGAUGAGAGAUGAGAUCGAUAUUAAUGAUGUGCAGAUAUCAGAGCCCGGACUCAUUACUAAUAUCAUGGACGUUAAAAUAGGGAGAAAAACCUCCUCUCUACACAAUCCAACUGUUUUGCCGCACCCCUUAUGACAAUAAUAGGUGGUAAAAAAAAGGGGUAAAAUUGGUGAUUUUGUUACACCAAUAAAUUGUGGGGGAUUAAUGUUUGAUAGGGUAAAUCGAAUUUCGAUUUUUCAAAUAGAAAGAUUCAUUAAUUCUCUACUCAAUCACUCAUUGGUGGUUAGUCGUCAAACAUGUAAUACCUAUGGACAUUACAAUAAUAAUAUGAUUUUUUGUUCUUGGAAGUUUUA